AACAUACCUCUUUACAACUAGUAUAUAGUUAAAAUUUUGCAUGUCAAAGAACGUUUCACGCGCGUUUGGCUCGUAGCCUAUAUUUUAAAGUUAUUUUUAACUCUAUGCUAUGAACAAGUUUCAAGUAGCAAGAAGAUUUCAUACUACCCGUUGAUCCAUUUUCGUAUCUUUUGUUAAUAUUAAUGUUGUUUGUGUAUUAUAAUCAAUGGAUCUUAUGAAGUGUUCAGCGAAACGUUCUUCAAAAAGUUGUUGCGGUCGCGAGACUGCAGUAGACAGCGAUCUUGGAAGCUACGAUCAUAUUUAUGCAAGUUUAGUAGAAUACAAAAAUAAAGAUACAAAUAUCGAAGUUAAUGUUAAUGAACCAAUAACAACGGCAAAUAAACGCAAUGAAGAUUCCAGAAAAAAAUAUGCUCCUCGAUUCACAAAUUCAAACAUUCUUACAUAUCAGCCUUCUCCUGUUUUUCCUCGCAAAAUGGGUAGCGAAGUUUAUGAAGAACCGAGAGAAAUAAUAGAUCCAUACAAAUCGCACGAUCUAAAUUUUCAAUGUCCUAGAUGCGGACAAAGGAUGGAAGAACCUAGACUUCUUCCUUGUUUACAUCCUAUAUGCUUAUCGUGUGUUUAUGAAUUGAUAAAUAAAUCUUCGUAUGUUUCACUGAAGAACAAAAUACGGAAUAAUAAUCAAAUGUAUGCUCAACACAAUAUUCGUGAGACAUGCCCCUUAUGCGAUUCCUAUUUGCCGAAUAUUAAUUCUACCAUACCGCCGCCGCAUUAUCCCUUACAACAUCGUUUAGUUAUGGAUACUAUGCGGCGUAAAUUGGUUAAUAGAAUACUUUGCGACACUUGCACAAGUGAAGUUCUGGCGCUUAUCCAGUGUUCUACAUGUUUACGUAAUUUUUGCUCGGAAUGCAGCAGACAACAUGAACAACAGAAUAUGGCAGAAGCAAGAACAAUUAAACAUUUAAUGAGACCUCUGUGGGAGGCUACCAAAAUACGAAGGAUCAUUUUAUGUCAAACACAUCCGACGCAUGCCUUAAGAUUUUAUUGUAUCGCGUGUCAGCAGGUGACAUGUAAAGAAUGUAUGUGGAGUGCCCAGCAUAGAGGUCAUGCCAGUGAGGAUGCACUCGGAGUGGGAAAGAGAGCUAGUGCAUACUUAGCAACAAUGUUGCAAAAAGCAAGAACAUUUCUAAAUUCUUUGUUGAUUCAAUAUAAUAAUGAUGUAUUUUCAAAUAAUGGUUCCGAAGAACUGCAAAAUGUAGCCACACCUUACAGGUAUGUAUUUAUAUAGUUAAUAUUAUAAAUUGGGAAUUAUAUAAAUUAUAUUGUUAUAAUAAAAUAUGA